AUGUGCCUGUAUGAAAUAGAAAUACAAGGAGUUUAUGUAAAGGCAAGUGUAGUGGACCGUGCUGCUCUAGUAGAUGCUCAUAUUGAUGAGCUAAGGUCUUCCUUUGAAAAGCCUUUGGUUGCACCUAUUGUGGCAUUUGAUAUCAAGUGCAAACCCAAUUGCAAUGGUGCAAUGUUAUUGAUCCUUUGUAUUGGGACUCGCUGUCUUAUAGUUCAAUUAUACUACUUGGAUUCAUUUCCUGAAUCCAUCAAGAAAUUUUUGAGUGAUUCAAAUGUGUGUUUCGUUGGCGUUGGAGUGAAGGAUAAGGUCAAGAAAAUACUACAAUGGCCCCAGAUGUUCGGUUGUAAGACUGGUGUGGAACUGGGUCAUUUGGCUGCUAGGGUGCUUAAGAAGCCUAACCUUGAUGGGUGUGGUUUAGUUGAGUUAGCUAGUGAAGUUGGGGUGUACUAUGAGGAGCCAAAAAGUGUUACUUUCUCAGAUUGGGGUGCUAGGGUUUUUUCACAUGAACAGGUCAAGUAUGCCAUUCAUGAUGCUUAUGCUUCUUAUCUUAUUGCAAACAAUCUCUUAAGUUUGCUCCAGCGUUAUGUUGUAAGGAUUGUAUAUCUUUAA